AUGUCAACCUUUGAUGGAAUAAUUCAGGAAUUUCCAUACAUCCAAAUUGAUUAUUUCCGCAAAAGUCCCGACAGACCACCCCCACUUGCGUGCUUCCUCAGCCAUGUCCAUAGUGACCACCUCCAAGGACUGGAGUCUUUUCGGGCUCCCUUCAUUUACUGCUCGGCAGCAACUAGAGAGUUGCUCUUGCAUAUUGAAAAGUAUCCCCAUCGGAUGAACUUCAGCAAAGGCAUUCUAGAGUCUCGGAGGCUACACUACAAGCAUUUAUCCAAGCUCUUGAGACCCAUUCCUUUGGACACGCCCACUGAGAUCGAACUUACUCCUCGGCUGUCGAUUCGAGUUACUCUUCUGAAUGCAAACCACUGUACGGGAGCAGUAAUGUUCCUUAUUGAGGGCAAUGGAAAGGCUAUCUUAUAUACUGGUGACAUCCGUGGUGCGUAUCUGCUAGAAAAAUUCAGCCAGCUUGUCGUAUCCUUUUCACUUACGAAAAAGCAGCUGAGUCUUGAUAUGCUAUACCUCGACAACACAUUUGCUCGUCCAUCAUACGUUCGUCAUACCUUUCCAUCAAAAGCGGAAGGGCUGGCAGAGCUGUUGCAAAAGGUUGCGCUCUAUCCAAAAGACACUAUCUUUUACUUCCGAGCGUGGACAUUCGGUUAUGAAGAAGUCUGGGUUGCACUCUCCGCGGUCCUCAAUUCAAAGAUCCACUUGGAUCGAUAUCAAAUAGGUCUUUAUAGAUCCCUUGUCUCUUGCUCCCGAGUUGAUGCGAACGAGGCCUCCGCUCUUUGCGGCUAUGAACUUGGGAACAGAUUUGUUUCUGGCUGCCUAAGUGAAGAUGAACAAUCUCGUAUUCAUAGUUGCGAGCCGGGCGUUACCUGCUCUGCAAUCUCUUCUUCAAAGCUUGUCUACAUCAUCCCCAUCGUUCAUCGCGCCAAGGAUGGGUCGAAAGUUCCUGAACUUGGAAUAGGGGGCGGCGGUGGUGACCUGUAUCAGAUCCAUGAGCUUGAGAUACCAGAUGAGUCAACUCUAGAGCAACUGGACAAGCUUUGCCUCGAACAGAUUCAUGACUCUCAAGUCCUCUCUCAGACAAGAAAAACGCUCGUCGAAGCGUUCAGGUCCAAGAGCAAGACACUUUCACUCGACAAUUACAGGGCGAAAAAUGUUCAGAAUAUUUCACUAGAAAGCCUCAUUCAUAUCCUCAGUCGUGGCCACUCCAAGGAAAACCUGGGACUAGAUGCAAUGCAACGCUUGUCCGCAACAAAUGACAAACAGGGACACACCCUCCCAAAUACAAUCCAUUUCCCAUACUCGCGCCACUCAUCCUACCUCGAGUUAUUGGACAUGGGCGUAUCCAUGCAGCAACUAUUCGGUCAUCUCUGUUCUGGGUAG